ACUCGCGCUGCGGAGCGCCGCGCCUUCGGCCCCGCACUCCCUUGCUCGCCGCGCCGGGCUCUCUGGGCGGCGGGGGACGGCGGCGCCGGGCCGGGCGGAGAGUGAAGUUCCGCGCGUUCCGACGGGGAGGACGCGCCGCGGGGCCCCUGCUCUCCACCGGGGGCCGCCGCUCGGUAGCGGCUUCUGUUGACUCUCGAUCCGGUUUUUCCUGCUCCGGGGCAGGUGCCCAGGGCGGCUCCCGGCGGCGGGAGGUUGCGCGCGGCGGCCGUGCGUCCCCAGGCGCUCACGGGCGUCCCGUUUGUGCCCAGGUGAUGACGGCGGCUGCAUGGAGUUCCCGGAGCACGGCGGGCGGCUGCUGGGCCGCCUGAGGCAGCAGCGCGAGCUGGGCUUCCUGUGCGACUGCACCGUGCUGGUGGGCGACGCGCGCUUCCCGGCCCACCGCGCCGUGCUGGCCGCGUGCAGCGUCUCCUUCCAUCUCUUCUACAGGGACCGGCCCGCGGGCGGCCGCGACACGGUGCGGCUCAACGGCGACAUCGUCACGGCGCCCGCCUUCGGCCGCCUGCUGGACUUCAUGUACGAGGGCCGCCUGGACCUGCGCGACCUGCCCGUGGAGGACGUCCUGGCCGCCGCCAGCUACCUGCACAUGUACGACAUCGUCAAGGUGUGCAGGCUCCGGCUCAGGGAGAAGGAGCCGGGGCUGAGCCCGCAGACCCCGGCCCCUGGGGCCCAGCUGCCUGGCCAGCCUCCGUGCCCCCUGCCUGCCUGGACGUGUGACCUCUGCACCACCGCCCAGAAGACCAGGGUCCCCGGCGUUGGGGUCCAGGUCACCCGCCCCCCACGAACAGCAGACCUACCUCCCUGGCAGGCCUCCGGAGACGCCGGCGGGGCCCUGGACCUGUCGCUGAAGUCCUGCCCCCGGCGGGAGCCCGACGGCCCGCCCUGCGUCCUCCAGCUUCCCCCCUCCAGCCGACCGCAGCCGGGGCCCCAGCCAGCUGUGAAGGACGAGCAGGACUCACUGUCCGAGCAGGACGGCAUUGGCCCUCGCAGCCCCCCCAGCGCCCCGCGGCGCCCCUGCCCUCCUGCAGCCCUGCGGCCGGCGCGGGGCUUGGAGUCACGGCUGCUCAGCAGGGCAAGCAGCCGGGAACUCCGGCCGGCCGCAGAGCCGGGGGCCAGCGAGGACGAGCUGGGGCCUGGCGGGCACCUCUGCGUCUGCCCGCUGUGCAGCAAGCUCUUCCCCGGCGCCCACGUGCUGCAGCGGCACCUCAGCUCCCACUUCCGUGAGCGGGAGGGCGCCCGGGCCCGGCUCUCGCCCGACGGCGCCGCGCCCAAGUGCCCGCUCUGCGGGAAGACCUUCUCGUGCUUGUACACGCUGAGGAGGCACGAGCGGACGCACUCGGGCGAGAAGCCCUACAGGUGUGUGCAGUGCGGCAAGGGCUUCCAGUACUCGCACAACCUGAGCCGGCACGCGGUGGUGCACACGCGCGAGAAGCCGCACGCCUGCCGCUGGUGCGAGCGCCGCUUCACGCAGUCCGGGGACCUCUACCGCCACGUGCGCAAGUUCCACUGCGGCCUCGUUCAGUCCCUGCUGGCCUGACCGGACCCGUGGGUUCCCGCGCGGGUGGGGGAGGGGAAGUCCCGGAGGCUAAAUCUCCGGACCAGCGGGAAGACGCGCUGCUGCCUCCUGGCAGAGGCUCGGGGGAGGGGGACCCCCACGGUCUCCAUGCUUUCUCUGGCAGCCUCCUAACCCCACACUGAACCCAGAGGCUGGACACACGCUCCUGACACUGUGUCUCUCUUGCCACCGCCUCUGCCCAAAUUCUGAGAGGGGACAGAGGAGCACCUCCAGGGCUCUCAUGAACGCCAGCUGGUGCCAUCAGGGAUGUUCUCUGGGUGCCAGGCUCCCCUCUAGGUGAAGGAUGCAUGUGUCAAAAUGUUGUGGGCGUGAGUUUGCAAGAGGCCCCCAGGGCAGGAGCAGCCUGGGUUGGUGGCAGCAGGAACCCCUGCCGGGAGGGCCCUGGGCGAGCCAGCAGGAGCUUUCUGGGCACAGCUGGUGUCAGGGAGGUGGCAGGCCCCAGCAGGGACCCUGGAACGUCAGGAGAAGAACAGGCUAGAAGCUGAGUGGCCCUGGAGCUGAUGGGGAGCGGUGGGGUGGGAGGCAAGUGGUGGGCUCCCUGGCUUGGAGGGUGUGUGGUCCCAAGCACACCGUAACUGUCUGCAGGAAAAGUUGCGAUUUGGAAACGGGUUCUCUUUGGGUCCCCAUGGUUGCUAGCUGUCUGCCGAUGGGCAGUGGGCCAUCCCACCUCCCUCCAGGAGUACCAGGUCCAGGGCGCCUCUGAGCACACCUGGGGUGGGGCCAUAGGGGGCUGGGGGCUCCAUGGGGUCUUGGGCCUGGCUGCUGCCCGCCUGGAGCCAAGCCCCGUGCACGGGAGGCCACUGUGGGGCCCAAAACCCGCUGGGCUCACUCACCUCCCAGGCUCUCCCUGGAGCUGCUGACCGUUUGCACGGUCUCGGGCAAGGUGGCCCAUAGCUGCUCACCUUUCCAGGAGCAAGAUUUGCACAGCCCCCUUGCCUGGGGUGGGGCGUGGGGGAAAGCAGCCAUGGGGGGGGUGCAGGUCCCACCACACGCACCCCACCCCUGGCAGCGGCAGCCCGGAGGCUGGUACCCCUGCACCGUGAGUAGCCCCCGCACCAGCAGCAGGUUGGGGCCACCUGCUGUGCCCCCACUCACCAAACAAAUGUUGCUGCUGAAGCCUUGGUGGUUGGGGGGUCAGGGCGUGGUCCCCGCUUCGGGAUGUCCCGCACGUGGUGGAGGUGCCACCCCCUGGGGUACCCCGGACCUCCCAGGGUACUUUUGCUGUGAUGGAAAAUGGCACUGAGGACAAAGUCCUGCUGAAUUUAAGUUAUUAAUCUGUCUCCUGACGGUACUUGAUGUGGUGGUGUGUGGGCUGCCUGACUUGGAGUGAUGUGGCCGCAGGUCUCCGACGGGGGCAGCUCUGUGGUGUGUCGGAGGGGCAGCCUCUCGGUGACGUGUCAGAGGGGCAGCCUGUGGCCCUUCAGGCUGGGGACCGGCUGCGGGCAGAGAGCCGGGCAAGGCUGCAGCCCCCGCCACGACCGUCCCAGCCACCUCCGGAAGGCCCUUUGGGAUUUUGCACUUGGUGUGAUGUGCUCCGUGACCUGGGUUUCCCCACACACACGUGUGUGUGUGUGUGUGUGUGUGUGUGUGUGUGCAGCCAUGGCAGGGCCCGGCGCCCCGCAGCCACCUGCCUGCCCAAGCAGGGGGUGCCAUCGGCCCCGGUUUCCCCCGGUCUUCUGUGGGGAAGACGCCUACUUUCCCGGGGGCGGAAGCGGACAGCCUGCCCCAGGUGAGCAACGCUGGAUCCGCUGCCUUCUGCUAACAGCUACUGUGAAGUUAGUGCCGAGAGAAGUGGUCUGUUUUUAGUUUUAGAAUCGGUGUGGUGCAGGCGAUGUACGUGCAUGUGUGUUUAUGCCCCGCGGGUGUGGGCUGGCGUGCUGGAGGGGUGCCCAGCCGUGCCCGGGGUACCUGCAGCAGGAGCUGCUUCCGGGCCAGCCCGGCCCCUGCCCAGCUGACCCCUCGUGGGGGACCCGCAGGCCACGAGUUGGGGUUUGCCUUGAGCGGAGCUUUGGCCUGAGGCCGUCUUCUUGUGUCUACGUCAUCUACAGUGACAACGCACAGAAUAAAAACAC